AUUACCUGAGCCCCAAUCAGCAAACCAUAUGAUUUAACAUUUCAUCCAUGGCAUUUGGAGUGUGUAUAUAGACGCACGCUCUUUCCGAUAAAUAAAAGUGCCAUUAAGUGUGUUCAUUUUGCCCAGCACACAUUGAUAUUAUUGGAGCCAUUUAAUUGUACUCCAAUCUUGCUAAUCUGUCACAACGCAAUCAUGUCUUUCUCUGAUCGGACGAAUGCAAUUUGUAGCACCUUGCAGCACUGCCCAUUCUUCAGACCCGUCAUAUCUUUUAGAAGCAGUGAAUUUAUCGCACUUGUUGCAAAUACAAUCGUUUUUCAUUACAUUAUGAAUUGUGAAGAGGUACGAUGGGAGUUGGGAGUUUUAGAACAGAAUAACUGAAUUUGAAGAUAUACAGCUUUUCCAGCUCAGUUAUUUUGGAAUAAACAUGUUUAUCCCACAUUAUUUCUACACACUUCCCAGUUUAAUGAAUAGUAGCCUUUUUUAUUUUAGAUGUAUUACAUUGUAAUUAACUAUAAUGGUAUAAAACUGUAACGAUUGUAUUAAACCCACAGAUUGACAUGUCUAAUCAGUUGCUUGCUAACGUUAUGUUCUACAAUUGGGCUUAUUAAUGAAAUAGAAUAAAAUGCCUGUUGCCUGAAAGUACUCACACACAGUAUCUGUUUAUAUUGGCUGCAGUUUGUGUGGGUAAUUAAAGGCUGGCCUUAUCGCAUGGGCUUAUCACUAAAUGGGCAAGGAUUACAGCUUGAUAUCCAGUCUAACAAGAGAAAUGGAUUCACAUCACUAAUAGUGACAUGUUCCUCACUUUAAACCUAUUUAGCAUCCUGUUCAGCCCUUCAAUCUCCCUUGUAAAAACAAGCAGGGAUUUAUUGUUUUUUAUUAAUGUAAUUCUACGUCUCUGUCCCAGGAUAGAGGCUUUCUUUCUGCUUCUGCAACUAGCGAUGAUUUUCCUGUUUAAAGAAAUUUGUAUAAAAGAUUUGGGCAAGUUUCCAGGAUUUAUACAUUGGCACCUGUACAAUAAAGUACCUUUUCCUCUGGUCAGAGUUUAUCACCCUUAUCCUGGAUUACCAAACUUCCCCAAUCUAGACAAUACUCCAUAACUACAUACAGAGUGAUUACAUUAUCCCUGCUCAGUGUGAUUUCUAUCUCCCCAACCUCACUGCCUGUCAGCAUCCGUGGGGCUCUGUUAAAUACAACACACGGGUGGUGGGCUUAGAAUAUGCGAUUAUACAUUUGAUGUGACUUCUCUUUGUAUACUAAAAUUUAAAUUGAGAAGUGUGAAAUGUAGGCUAAAUUCUGUCCAAUUUCAGUGUCUUGUUGUGAUUAAAGCCUCUUGUGUCACACAAUAUAGUACACAUACACAUUUUCAGUGCAUGUACCACACCUGUUUAGCCUGUGUUUUGUAAAUGGGUUGAUUAUGGUCAGUAACACAGGGAUUAAAUCAUUGUCUAAUACAGAGGUAGCCAACCUUAGCGGUAUCGAUAUGUGCCAUGCUUACAGGGUUCCUUCUCCACCCUAGAAAUAGACCAGUGUCUACCAAAUCUCAGUUUAAUAUGUACCGGGCUAUUCACCAUGAAUAAUCGCUUUUAGCCCAAACUGGGAACGUCCAUUUUAGCUAUGUUUCGUAUAGUAAAUGAAAUGCACUAAUGAAUAACCUGUUAGUAAAAUCUUCAUUCAUGGCCCCAUCACUGUUCCUCUAAGCACCAUAGCCACUACAGCGCUCUGGAGUCUCCUAGUGAUGCCAAACGGUUUUUGCUGUAGCUGUUCUGGUGCUUGGAAUGUAAGAAAAGUCACUAACUGAGGGAUGUAGCCGUAAUUACCGCCACAACUGCAGCCUCCUUUACCAAGUCUCCCAGGGUAUUUCUUUAAAUCUGAGGCCACUAAUGCUACUUUGUAGACACAUUACUCCGGCAUGGGCCAGAGAGGUUAAUGUCUGUAUCUGUAUUCCAGGGAUCAGGUUGAGCAUGUGAACACCAUAUCUGAAUGAAUGUACAAUUUCCAUGUGAUGGUUCAAUUGCUUUUUUGCUAUUUGCUGGGAUGCUAGCUGUUUUCUCUAUUAAUACAGUUAACUUGCAUUCUAGCUCGGCCACUCAGAGGCAGGCAUCGUGUGGUGGGUUAUGUGACAGUGUCUGUCUAUCAGUAGUGAAGACACAUAUUGCCAGAGACACUAAACCCAUCCAAACUCACCCCAGGGUCUAGAUGCCUCCUCUUCCUCUACUUGCUCCAUGGGCGAUGCUCGCAGUUCCUUUACCACCACAUCCAGCCCUUCUAUUUUCUCUACCUCACUCACCGAUACCAAAGCUAUGCAAUCCACCGUGGGGGUAAGUAAACCAGGGGUAAGUGACCAGCUCUUAGCCAGUAAUAAGGGCCGGCAGCAGUCCAUGCCUUUGAGAUGGACGGUCCUAAACAUUUCACCACCACCCGAAGACCUGCUUGACAGCAGUCGGAUGUCCUGUCAAGAUGAUGGCGUUGUUGUGGAGUCCGAGCAGAGCAGCAGCAUGUGGACAGAAGAUUCUGCCUCCAACUUCAGCAACAUGAGCACUCACUCUUACAACGACAACACUGAGGUCCCGCGUAAGUCCCGGAAACGCAACCCGAAACAAAGGCCUGGGUCCAAACGAAGGGAUUCCAAUAAGGACGUGUUUGAUGCAGACAGUGCCAAAGCUCCACACUAUGUGCUCUCACAGCUUGCCUCAGACGGCAAAGGCAACUCCCAGACCGGCAAUGGAUCUUUGGAGAAUCAGAAAGGAGGUAAGAAAAGUUUGCUCUUAUGUGAGCAACACCCAAGUAAAAGCGAGGGAAAGGAGCUUAAGAUUGUGGUGCAACCGGAGACUCAGCAUCGAGCCAGGUAUCUGACCGAGGGGAGCCGGGGGUCAGUGAAGGACCGGACCCAGCAAGGAUUUCCUGCUGUAAAGCUGGAAGGUCACAAUGAGCCUGUGGUCCUACAAGUGUUUGUUGGUAAUGAUUCAGGCAGAGUGAAGCCGCAUGGAUUCUACCAAGCCUGCAGGGUGACUGGGAGAAACACGACUCCCUGCAAGGAAGUGGAUAUAGAGGGCACCACUGUCAUUGAAGUCAUGCUCGAGCCCAGCAACAUGAUGACUCUAGCGGUGGAUUGUGUUGGAAUCCUGAAGUUGAGAAAUGCUGACGUCGAGGCACGGAUUGGACUGGCUGGAUCCAAGAAGAAGAGCACUCGUGCCAGGCUAGUGUUUCGUGUAAACAUUUCCCGUAAAGAUGGCUCUGUAUUAACACUACAAACCUCAUCAUCCCCCGUCCUUUGCACUCAGCCGGCAGGAGUGCCGGAGAUCCUCAAGAAGAGCUUGCAUAGUUGCUGUGCGAAAGGGGAAGAGGAGGUCUUCGUGAUUGGAAAAAACUUCUUGAAAGGAGCCAAAGUAAUAUUCCAGGAAAACCUUGCAGAUGACAAUUCAUGGAAAGCAGAAGCUGAAAUUGACAUGGAGUUAUUCCACCAGAAUCACCUAAUUGUAAAAGUUCCUCCUUACCACGACCAGAAUAUCACUUCUCCUGUGUCAGUGGUGAUGUUUGUGGUUACUAAUGCAGGCCGAUCUCAUGAAGUACAGCCUUUCACAUACACUCCGGAAGCAGCCACCCCUGUUAAUGUUCUGGUAAAGAAUGAAAUACCGAGUCCAACACAGUCUUGUACUUUUGAAGACACUAUGAAAGCGGUUACCGCAUCUGGCCAUAACCUGGAACAGGUGAAUCUGAUUCCUAGUGCUCGAGGCUCUCCACUUAAGUCAGGCAGUCUGAUCAAGAAUGAAGAUGUGGCCCCCAUGGACCUGACAGCAGAGCAGAGAUCUUCACCUGUGUACAAAACUUCAAAAAUCACUGCACCAGCUCAGCAGAAUUUGGAACCUGUGCCCAGUAGCGCCUCGUUUUCUCCUACUGUAACACAUCUACCAUCUGAAACUGACCGAGAGACCCCAAUUCCGGUCUUCAGCCCUGAUCCCCUUUCCACCAUCCAGACUCAAGAUAUUGCAGCAACAAACGGCUUCCAAACUCCUCCCAGCCAGUGUCCGAGCAAUGACUCCAUCAUGCAACAAGCAACAACAUUUCAAGCCAUGGAAUCCCAGUCUGGAGAAAAUAUAACCCAAAUGUCCGAGGCCACACAGCCACCACCACAGCUGCCAUUACAAGAACAAGCACAGACAAUACAGCAACAAAUCUCCCCAGGCAUUUUCUCAUCACCUAACAACAUCAACCAGUUACAGAGUAAUAUGCAUCAGCUGCAGCAAAGCAGCUUUCAACCAAACGUCACUGGCAACAAUGCAGAGGUUCAUUUAGUACAACAGUUAUCACACGUGCUCUUCUCUGGCCAAGGAGGGAGCGAAAGUGAACCGUCUUCAAUUGGACAAGUACAGGAGCAGCUGAAUGCUGGGAUAUUUCAGCCGGUCAGUUCCAUCCAGAACAGUUCAGGCCCUGGGAUGUUUGGUUCCCCAGAAUCCGUUCAUUCUUUAUCCAAAACCGUGCUUUCUGGAAGAACUGAUAAUCUCCUACAGCAGGCUGAAAACUCCUUGUCCAAUCAGCAGCAGGCUAUGGAGACCACCGCGGCCCUCGUAAUGGAAAUGCAUCAGUCUCCUGGACCAAUUCAAUCUGAACUUUUUCAAACGCAGAAUUCUGGAGCCGGGGGCAUCCAGUCCUCAGUUUACCAACACCAGCAGGGAUCACACUUGAUCAGCGGGCUCUCCACAAGUGAAGAGAUGCAGAUGCAGUGUGAUCUAUUCUCUAAUCCUGGUAUCUCCGCAAGUGAAGGCAACGCUGGACAGCAACAGUUAUCGGCUUCAACACCUGGUAUCUUCCAGCCUUCCAGCUCUGCCAACAGCGAGAACACAUCGACGCAGGCAGAACAAAUGCAGAACGACGUCUUUCAAAAUAUGGUUCAAAUGCAACAUAGUGGAGAAAACCAAACUCAAGUAAAUCUCUUUUCACCAGCAGAAGACAUGCUUGGGGUUCAGCCUAGUGGGAACCAGCAGCAGGGAAAUGGCAUCUUUCAACAAGCUGGUGAUAUGAUGGCGAUUCAGUCAGGUGGCUUUCUGCAGCAGUCUCCUCACUCCCAUGCUCCACUUUACCACACCCAGAACACUAUCGGUGACAGCCAGAGUAUAUCUCAGGACACUCAGGGCUCGAUCUUUCACCCCAGUAACACUAUGGUGCAGCACCAGAACUCUUUAGCCUCACAAGAUCAACUGCAGCCUCAGCUUUUUCAUCCGCAGAGCGCCAUGUCUGUCCUGCAGAACUCUUCAGCUCCGGAGCAGUCUUCGGCCAACAUGUUCCUCUCUCAGAGUGCGAUGAACUCCCUACAGAAUAGCGCAGUUGUUCAGGACAAGCAGAUGUCAUUUUUUGCAAGUCAGAAUCCCCUCCCUUCACUUCAACCUGGACAGAACACAGACCAGCAGGCAGCCUUCCAGCAGCAGACCCCUCUAUCUCACAUGCAGAAUACUAUCAUUACUCAGGAACAGCAGUCCCAACAAAACCUGUUCCAGACACAGAACCAGCAAACCUCCAUCUUCCAGGCAGCUCACUCCAUGGUGGGGAUCCAGGGCAGCCCCUCGCAACAUGAGCAGGCUCAAAAUUUGCUUUAUAACACUCAGAAUUCAAUGGCCUCUAUGGGUUCCCAAGAACAGCAGCAGAACAUGCUCUUCAGCACCAGUCAAGAGCAGAUGACCACACAAGAACAGCAGAGUCAAGUCAUGUUUCACUCCCAAAACAUGGACUUUCAAGGACAGAGCCCUGUUUCCUCCCAGCAUGAGCAGCAGCAACAAUCCCCCAUGUACCACAACUCUCCCCAGCUCCAGCUGGUUCAGCCAUCAUCCUCUCCAGAGCAGCAGGUGACCAUGUUUAUGUCUUCUGCCUCGAUGCUGCAGAGCAGUAUGAGCCAGCAGGAGAUGCAGCAGGCAGGCAUGUACGCACAGCCGAUCCAGGGCAACACAUCCUCGUCUCAGCAGCAGGCUGCCGCCAUGUUCCACAACUCCGCUGCCGGAGCUAUGGGUCAAAUGCAAAACCAGCAAGCGUCAUCACCGCAGGCGUCAGGGAUGUUUCUGUUUGGCAUCCAGAACAAUUGCAACCAAAUGAUGCCUCAAUCAAGUGGCUCUUUGACGGAGCAGAUGAUGGCCUUGGGUCAGUCGGGCCAGCCUCAAGGAGAUGGGCAGUCUGUGAGCACACUUCUUUCUCAGCAGAUGUCUGAGAAUUCUUCAAUGACGGCUGAUCAAAACAUGGAGAAGAUCAGUGAUUUGCUGGUGUCUCUGCAGAACCAGGGGAAUAACUUGUCAGGUUCCUUCUGAUUUGUUGGUGCCCUGGGAAAGGAUGUUGUAAAACUGGAUUAUUCUGUAUAUCAGCCACGGUCCAAGUAGUCUGCUUGUAGUGCUGUGUUCCCUGGUUUGUUCACAUCCUUCUUCAGUAUUUAGUGACCAAGGCCACCAUGCCGAUAGACUGUCAUACUCCACAAAGCAGUGGAAAUCGAGAGAACCGCUGGGAGCUCAACUCUUAGUGCUUUCUGUAUCUGCAUUGGUUGCAAUGUUUACCUUUCAUUAGGUCCAUGCCCACCAUAGUUCGUUUUUAUGUGUGUAUAUAUUUGUAUAUAAAAUCUAUAUAUUUUUUCCCCUCUAUUUCUCCCUUAAAGGAUAUAUUUAUAGUCUAUUAGAGAAGCUGUGAUUAGUGAGGGCUGGUCGCACCACAGGUUGUGGUCUGGAUGAUAUAAAAUUUGCACAGUACAUGAGAACAAGUGCUGAUGACCUAUCCAACAAGAGAGAGCUAGAUCGAUUGGCAGUGGGCCACAACUUUCCCCCGGAAUGUCUUCUCUCAUGUCAUAUGGACUUUAUCAUGGAGAUGCAUUUCAGAAAGACUCUGCUGACAAUGAGGCUCGCUCUGUAAAGAUUUCUUAAUGCUGCUUGGUCCUAGAGCCUCCUUAUUGGCAGACGAGUCAACAAGCCAUCGGUGGGUGGCAUUUUGUGGCUACAUUGCUCACUCCUAUGGCCUUCAGGAGGUCUUAUCUGGCACAUCAUAUGUCUAGUUUUACAUCAUCUUGUAUACAAUGGAAAUCUGCAGAUACACGGUGUAUUAAACGUGAAAAUCUUCUCAGCAAAGUAUCUUCUGAAGAUUUUUAAUCCAACGUAACAUUCUUUCUCAACGGCCAAGGUCCCUGUUCCGGGCAGCUGAAAGCCCAGCACUUCCAUAUCUGCAUUAAAAGUAAUUUUUUAUUUAUUUUUUGCUUCAAGAAUACCCGGCUUUUGAGAAUUGUUUUUUUUGUUUUUUAAAUCACAUUGAAAAUCUUUUCUUUUUAAUUCAAAAGGUGUAUGUGCAAUUUGAACUUUCGAUGAGAUAAUGUCCAGACUGGGAAUAUGGCGUGUCUGUUUGAAUGAGAUGUAUAUGUUCAACUGACUUUUUGCAUAAAAUAAGCAAAGAAUUAUCCAUCUAUUUCUUUCUUAAAGGAACACAAUGGUCACCUGAACCAGAACAGCUUAAUGCGUGCCUCUAGUGUCUAUAGCAAGUCCUCGCAGGCUUUUUAAUGUAAAGGCAGUUUACAUUGCUGACUAGUAAUAUCUCUAGUGACAGGCACUCAGACGUCCACUAGAGGUGCCUGCUGUGUCAGUGCUGCACAAUGUGUGUAUCCACACCCUGCUUGGAGUCACUGAAUGUUCCCCAAUGUAUCUCUAUGAGAAGAUGCUGAUUGGCUCAGUGCGGCAUUUUGCUAUGGAGGUGGGCCAACCGCAGCAAGAUCAGCACGGUGAUGGAGAAAAAGUGAGUCAAAUCACCUUUUCAGUGCGAUUGGAGCAGGGCCACACCAGCACUAUAGUGUCAGGAAUACAUGUUUGUAAUCAGUGAGAGUCCCCAUUCUAGACAACUAAUGCUGUACUUACCUGUAUUUGGAGGACUUGUGUCUUUCUUUGAUAUUUGAGCCAUGUAGAUAUUUGUGCUGUUAACCCCUGUCUCCCUGUCUAAUCAUGUAAACACAUCCUUUUCCAAUUGUUUCCCCUCUCGUUUUUGUCUGCGUGCGUGUUUAAUGAUCUCCGAGAGGAGGUUCUGACUUGUCAAUACUGCGGGUUCAAUGCCAAUAUGAAGGGAACUUUUUCAGAAAGAGACCUUUCAAGGUCAUUUUAAUUUUGAAUACUAUUUUCACUCAUUCAAGUUUUUUGAUGGCUUUUAUCAAACGGUUUUGUUUUGUUUUGUUUUAAUGGGGGUUUUUGAAAGCUAUAUUUUGUAUUUAGAGAAAAAAAAAACUUAGUUGCUAUAUGUACUGAAGAAGUCUUUAGCAGAAAUUGUAUGUAUGUCGGAGGGGAAGGUGUGUGUGUGUGUGUAUAUAUAUAAAUAUAAUAAAGUGUGUGUGUGUAUACACAUAUAAAUAAAAUUAUUUUCUAUAAAAUAUUAUACAUAAAAUAUUCUUUUGCACACACCUGUGGCAGGUUUUGUCUGUCACCGUGGCUCCUGUGUGAAGGUACAGCGAUGUUUGUUUGGUUGGGAGAAACGGCUGUGUUAUCCCCUUUACGCUUAGCUUGUGUCUCUGAAUUUUCCAGCAAUGUUUAAUAAUUUAGUCAAAUUGGCACUCACUGUUAAAGAAGCAAAACCUAGCAGAGGUGGUUUGUAAUUCAGUCUAUCAUUUCCUAACACUCAGUUACUGUCACCUUAUGUGUAUUUAUUAUUUAUGUGAAGUUAUCAGCUUUCUACUUAAGAAAGGUCAUCCCUCUAAGUCCAUAGCCCAUGAUGGUUAUGGUAGGACCACGGUAUGUGGUAGGUUGCCAUGCGUGUGCGAAGAGGAGACUUACAUGGUUUAUUGUGAUUAAUCAUACCUCUAGCUGGUUAAAUUCCUCACGUGUGCGUACAAAUCAUUUAGAGAGAAGUCCGUGGUCGGUUUGUUCUUAACAUUUUGGAAAUCCAGCACAGCUUUUCUAACUCUUAUGUAACAAUUUUAAAGAAGUGUAUUUUAUAAUGCUGUUAGUUUUUGGAAAGCUUCUUCAUUCAGAAUAUAAAGUACAUGUAACAAAAUGCAAAAACAAGUCAGCGAAUGCCUUAAUCAUCAAAUGUCAAGCUGUACACAGUGUGCUUCUCGAACCUGUGUUCAGGGGUCCUACCAGUGACCUUAAACCUCUGGGGCCCAACAUCAGCACAGUAUGUGCUUCCCAAGUGAAUUGCCAUGUUUCUUACCCAGAAUGCACUGCUGUUUAAAUGUUGAGCAAGCAUUUUGGGACACAAAAGCACACAUCAUAGAGUUUACCUUAACUGGCUUUGACCUUCUUAGAACCCAUCAGCAUUACGGCUGAGUGAUGGAAGACGCUGUAUUAAAGCACAUUCACUUGUCACAGGCAGGAGGUAUUACAGGUGUCUGCCCAAACGUAUUCCCGCCAUGCCCUGGGAAGAAAGUACUGAACACCUAGACAGAACUAGGGAAGGUUGUGGCGUUCAGCUAAAUUCGCAAACUGCAGUCAUAAAGCUUUAACAGAUGCUAAGUGCAAGGAAAUGGAUCCAGUGAAAGCUUGCUCACACUGAGCUAUCGCACUCAGUCACUGUUGCACUUGCUUUAAUUGUGCCAUUUGUGUAAACUUCCUAAACCCAUUAACUAAUUUGUUUAUGCAGUCUCGUUGUUAGCAGGAUAUUGACUUUUGGAAUAGGAGCAGUGAUUGUCUACAAUCAUUCUAAUCCAUUUGAAAUGCAGCUUUUAAGGAACACUCAGACUGAAAUAUUGCUUUUUAUUAUGUGUGUAAGCGUGAUGUAUGAACAUUAACGAAACACUGGCACUUUACAAAUAUCUAAUUUUUCUAAUUUGAUUAGUUCCUUUACCCUAUCACAUUCAAAGCUGCUGGAUUUUAAAUUACAACUAAAACACCCAUUUUUUUUUUUACUUGUAAUACAACAGCAGGGCAGUCCCCGUGCAGCAGCCACUCUGCCUUCUGUGAGAUCUUCAAUGCUGAUAAUCAGUCCUGUUCAAUGAUGUCUGCUGAAACGCCGGUUAGUAUUAUAAAUGACGGUUACCUCUGCAGGGUGCACCAGGCUAGAUCUCAUACUAACCUGGAUAUCCUUUUUGUCAGCAGCAGUAAAGCUGAUUUGUGAAAGGCUGCACUUGAUAGACUUUAUUCUGCCUAUAUUACUAUGUAUAUUAGUGCCUUUCCAUUAAAUAAAUAAGAUAUAUUAGUGAGGCCAAAACCAAUUAAUUCCAAUCAAGUUGUUGCUUUUAAUCUCCGUUUUAAAGGUUUGGUCACUUCCAUGUCCCCUGAAUACCGGAUUGAGAACCAUUAGAUAUUGUGCAAAGCUCUGUGCUGACCAUUUGCGCAGAGUUCAUCCCAUGGGUAUAUAUUGUCUGCAUCACACAGCUUCUAAUUAGGCUAUGAUAUGGUGCCGCAGGAAAAGCACAGCCAUUAAGGGACCAAACUGUAUUUUAAUUGUCAAAACACCAUUAUUUGGGUUUGAAUGACUUCCACUGGAAGAUAAAAAGAUGGAAAAGGCUCAAACAACGUGGUUAAAUCUGCAGACAAAAAAAAGCCUAAAGCUCAAAUGAAAGUGUAGAAUCAAUUUUAGGUAGAAAGGACUGAUAAUGCUCCUCUCUAUUGGGAUCUCUGACCAUCGGUUCCUUUUAUUAAGGAAGUUGGGGUUUGUACUGAGCUCAUAAUGUUUACUGAGGAUAUGCAGACUUGCAUUCUUAGAGCAAUGCUUGCACUUCUGGCUGUGGAAUGAUAAGUGUGAAUUUCAUAUUGUGGAAAGGCACACAGAAUACACAUAGCUUUAAUGCAGAGAUCUUUAACAAUGAAUAACAAUGUUAUUCAUUAAACUGAACAUUUUCUGCUAAAACCAAAAAGCUUAUUUGGCCCAGAAUGUUAGACUUUCUAUUCUCCCCACUUCCCAGCUAAGUGAUUAAACCAAAUGUCUGCAAAUCUUCACUAGGCCGCGUUCUACGUUCCCUACUAGUUGUAUGCAGAUUGUUUGUCAUUCACACAAUAUUCUUUCUGCGUGCUACAAGUGCCACACAGUGUAUGCUUCAGGCAAGUCAGAUUCCACUCCAAACAAAGCAUUCUACAGAAACCAGUCACACGGGCCUGUGUGGGACCCGACUACUGUGCUUUAUUUCCCUUUAUUACAUUACAUUUCCUUGGCUCCUGUUCACAUCUGUGAUGUGAAUUAGUUUUUUUAUUCUUUAUAUCCAGUUGUAAUACACGUGCCAGAUUAGGUUCCAAAAUGAGUCACAUGGCCAGCGUAAGGUUAAAUAAGGUCUCUUUCCUGGGGGUGUCAGCAUCCGUACACUUUCCUAUGGAGCAGAUUCUGGAAUCUACUGGAUGAGCCUUCUUCCAUUCUUUUUCUGAGUUGUGCAGUGCAUAGCUCUGACUGUAGGGGGCGAUGAUGGCUUUUAUAUACAGAGCUUGUUCUGUUUAGGGGCAUCGUUGUUUUAUCGUUUUUAGCAAACUUGUAAUAACGUGUUAUAUAUUAAACAAAGAUAUUUUGCUUCUAUUGGGACAUUUGUAUACUCUUUGCAAUUAUAUUUCUGUAAACCGUUCCAAUCAAUAAAUACAACUUUGAAAGUU